AUGGACACUGUUCGCGUCGCCGCCGAAAGCUCCUGCUCGCGCGCGACUGCGCUCGCGGCCGCCAAAUCGGCCGCCUCGCUCGUCUUUACCGCUUGCUGGUACUACAAGUGCGGCCGAGCUCUCCUCUAUGCGCCGCACCACGUCGCCGCCUCGCUCGUCAGCGUCAUCGUCAUACGCUGGUACCACCGGCGCACGGCUGCGCCUGCGACGCUAGUCGCCGUUGCGAGAGAGGAACUGCGCGGCAUCGCCAGCGACUGGACGGCGCCGCUUGCGAAUUGCGCGCGCGCUCACGCCGUGUCGUGGAAGCGGCUGUACGUCGACCUCUGCGCGAGUGCGAGCGCGCUGCCGUCCUACGCGAACCUCGGCCCGCUGGGCCUCGGCCGCAUGAUCCACGGGUCUAUGUGGCUCCCGGCGAUGCAGGUCGCUGAUGCGGGGCACGCGCUGCUCAUAUUUAGCCGGCACAGCGACGGUAAAGAGGACCCGCACAGCCCGGUGCAGUGCGGCGUCGCAUACGCCUACCUCGGUUGGCUGUUCGACCGGCACAACUUCCGGACCAGAGUCGAACACAUGAGGGACUGGCAGGCGGACGCGCCGGAACUCUUUGCGCUCGAGCUGCUCGCGGCCGGAGAGGCGCAGGAUGUCGUGGACGCGACCCUCCUCCGCCCGGCGCGCGCGCUGGCCGCGUGGUGGUUCGUCGACCCGACCGACUUCGUGGUCCACCGCUUCGGCGACAUGGCGAGGGACGCCGCCUCGGCGGGAGGCGCCUUCGCGGUGCAGAUGAACCUGCUCUUCAACGCCUAUGCGCACGACGAGCACCGCGCGGACCACGCGGGGCGGGGCGGGGCGGCGUGGGACAUCCCGGCGCGCUGGUUCGGGCUGCUGUCCAGCGGCGAGGCACACCACGCCCGCCACCACCUGCACCCGACGCUCGCCUGCAACUCGCCGCACGGCGCGCAGGAGGACUGGGUCUUCGGCGCGAUUUUGCUGCUCGAGCGGUGCGGGCUGGUGUGGGAAGUGCGCAGACGGCCAAAGACUGAGUAG